AUGAUUAGAGACAGGACGAAACUUUUCCUAUCAUUUCGACGCACCCUAACACGCGAACCAUCAGCUUCAAGGCUUCAAAACCCCUUCCUGGACAAAAUAGACGAUGCCUAUUAUCAAGAUGACGACGACGGCGACGAUGAUGAUGAUGACGAUUUGCUCAAUUCCGAAAACGACAACUUGAUUCUAUCUUCACGCAAACGCCAAUCUAAGCUUUCAUCCACCACCAAAUCCAAGUCCAACAAGAAAUCCAAAUCACAGGAUAUAGAAAUGAAACCCAUGGUGCCCACACCGUUUGAAAUCAGUCGGGAUCUAGAUACUUAUCUCGCGGUGAUAUCGCGACAAACCCAAGAUUUACAGCACUUGUACAAACAGCUCAUCAUUUGCAACAAAUCGCAAGAGAAGAAAACAAUGGAGCAACAAAUUGAAGAGUCCAAUUACCAAAUCUUGCGCCAGUUUGAGCUAUGCUACGUUGCCAUUCGCAAAUUCGAAUAUUUGGCUCAGCAUCACGUCAAAUUGAGACUCAACUAUCAAGUUCAAGACGUUGACAUCUUGCAGAAUUUGAAGCGGAAAUACGCGCUGGAAAUCCAACGACAUUUGGUCUUGUUUCGCUCGUUGCAGAACAACUAUAUGAAUUUCUUAAGGGAUGACGACGACGAAUUUGAAUUGUUGAUCAAGGAAAAGAAAAUUGGCAAUGCAGCGGGGACCACCACCACCACCAAGAAAAUCGACAAUGAUGCGGAGGAAUUCAGUAAAGAGUUCUUACAACUGACUCAGACUCAAGCUCAGUUGCAAUUGAACCAAACUAGCGACAUGGCGUAUCUUGACCAACGAGAAAAAGAGAUAAACAAAUUGGCCCACGGCAUCCUUGAGAUCCUGACGAUUUUCAAAGAGAUGGAAACGUUGGUGAUUGAUCAAGGCACAAUGUUGGAUCGCAUCGAUUACAAUUUGUGUUCCACGGUGCAGGACCUCAAGAGUUCAGAUAAGGAGUUGGUCAAAGCUAGAUCGUAUCAGAAACGCACGACAAAGUGCAAGAUUAUUUUCUUUUUGGGGCUCUGUGUGUUUGCGUUGUUGAUGUUGGUGUUGGUGAGACCCGGUGGCGGUGGCGGUGGUAAUAAAACAACGGUUAUUGAAAAACCGGGAACGGGGGCACCACUGCAGCCAGAACUGCCGAGUGAUGGUGGUGGCAGUGACGACGCUUUGAAGCCACCACUUGAAGUAAAUCACCCCGACUCACCGAUUUGA